CGUGGGUUAUCUACCUAUGACUAUUGUUGUGUCAGCCGAUAGCAGCUAAUUGUUUAUUUACCAAUUUGUGCAAAGUCUGGGGGCCAAAUAAUGUUAAUGAUUUAAUGUAGAUUCAUUAGAACAGCAAUUUUCCAGUUCUAAUCAAAGAUUUCAUGUUGAUUGCGCGAGCCCUAAAUCCUACUGAAAAUGUUGAAAAAGGGCUCAUUUAACCUGAAAAUGCCUGCUAACAAUUUCCAUGAAUUGGUAUCAAGCGCAGCCGAUCCGAAUACACUAAUAGACGUUUAUGAUCCUGAAACUGGUACUCUGGUAAAAAGUAGCCCCCAAUCUUUGAAGCAGAGUUUCUACAAGCCCCAGCAGAAGCCUCCCAUGAAUGUUGUGUAUCAGGUCGUCUAUCCUGAUGAUCUGAAUCUGAAGCCUGGUGUCGGAUACCAAAAAUCCAAAAGUCGAGUGGGCAGGCCAAAGAAAGCGAAAAUCCCGCAACUAACCCACAUAGAGUUGAAUCAACCGAGUCAAAAGAGCAAAGUGCAGGUGGUGGCAAAGACUCGGUCCGGUAGGGAAGUGAAAUUUCCAAAGCACAUUCAAAAUGACUUCAAAAAAAUUGUGACUGAUGACAAUGUAACAAACGACUCAGAAAUCGAAACGGCGGACUUUGUUAAAUACACUGAAGCGGACAAAUCAAAGGACAAGCCGGAAGUUAUAGAGGAGAAGCCGACAGUUUUGGACUCUGUGCAGAAAAAGAGGCGAAUAGCUUCCCAAUACCGCUGCCCCAAAUGUCAGAAGGCUUAUAUGGGACGCAGCAAAAUAUUGGAACACUUGAAGAAAAACCCCACACACGGCCCAAUGAAUGAAAGCGAAGGAAACCAUUUUGAGGUCUGGAAUUAUUUAGUUUCCAUAACGCAAAAGUGCCCUUCAUCGGAGCGGGGCCCGAAGUUGUGCCAGGAACUCUCCAAUCUCCUACACAAUUUGUUGCUGUUGACCAAUGCGCUCUUUAAAAAGUUGGGCAAUGCCUCCAAUGAGGUUAAGGUGGAUAAGGUCCUGGGCAAUGCCAUUGGUUUAGCGCCUGGGACUUAUUAUUUUGAUGACAACAAUUUGUACAAAGACGUCACGGUGUUGAAGUUGAUGAGUAACACGGACUUUUUAAAUUCGAUCAGAUCCAAGUCGCAGGAGAAUAUUGCGCGUUCGCCUGAGGUGAAUUGCAAAUGCGGCAAAUCUAGAGAAGUGGUGCCUUCAAUUGCGCCUUCAAUUGAAGCUAAUGAUGAAAUAGUGAAGAAAAUAGACAGCAUCAAUAUAGGGAACAACGACACUGUGCCAGAGCUGGAAAAGGCAGGCGAUAAGUUUGGAGAGCAGCAGUUUUUUUUGUCGGACGACGUUUAUUCAAGUUUGAGCGACUAUGAAAUGAAGUCUGGCUUGGAUCCAUCUGAAGAGAAAAUCGCUCAUGAGAGCAAACCGCGGCCUGAAGCUGUAAACUACAAGACUGAUUUAAGUGUUAAAGGCGAAGCCAAGUUAUUUCCGGAUAUUGGGGAUUAUAACAGUUUCUCCAUGAGUUAUGGGGGCAAUGAUGAUAAUUUGGAGGAGCUGAAAAAGUCGCCCAAAAGCCCCAAGAUCAAAAUCCAGUCGAAUAUUCUCCUCUGUCCGCCAAACCCCAAACUACCGCAGUCGAAUUUCCACAGCGAAACGUCGCCUAGUAAAUAUCUUCUAAACACAGACUUGCUGAUAGAUAAUUCGGUGCUUUUGCCAAUUCCAAACCUGCAUCAUGGAGUUGAUGAACUGAUGCUGCCCGUCACGGAUGAAACAGGCAUUUUGGACAACUCGAGCGGUUCGGACGAAGUGAUGAAUGUGGAUCAGUUUGUUAAUGAGCGGUUUCGCCGAAUAACCGAGUCCGAUUUAGGGGCGAAUGACGGAAGCUUGAGUCUCGAGUUACCGGCUCUGGGGCUGUUCCCGUUUAACUCUACUUAGAGGAGAAUGUUACUAGUGAUUCAAUCAAUUAUUUGACUUAAGUAUUCGUUAUUUAAGAGUUUUUAGGUUUAUGGGCAAGCUUAGAGCAAAGGUCGUUGUGGGUUGUUUUUGGCCACACAUUUGUUUAAAGAUAAAACAUAUUGUAUUAUGUAUAUAUUCGGGGGAUUUGUGUAUUUAAAAUGAUAAUGGUUGACGUUAUAGCGUUAUUCUUACAAAGCAUUGUAUGGAAGCGUUUAGGACGCACAAAAGUUACAUUUUUGUCACAAAAAACUGCGAUAUUUGCAAAAUUCAAUGUUUCAAUUAAUUCGUGUUCCAUUUAAUAAACAUUUAUUGAAUUGAAAUCCACAUGAAAAAUUUCACUAGAUUUCAUUAAGUAAAAAUGUUUCAAAAACCA